AUGCCACCAACGACACUCGUCACUUUUCUAGUUCGUGCUCCCGCCUCCACCAGGUCGAUAAGCCUGUAUGGUUCCUGGGACAACUUCUCCGCUCCGUAUCCCAUGCAACGGGAUACGCGCACGGGCCCUGAGCAUUGGUCAGGCUGUCAUAGCUUUUCCAACAUCAUCUGCGAUGGUGAUCUGCAGUCGGCUGUCGUUCCCAGGGCAGGCGGUCUCAAGAUGGGUGGGACUUAUUGGUACUAUUACAAGCUUGACGACGAUCUCGAAAGUCACAACUCGGCCGAGCCGUCCACCACCUCUUGUCCUCUGCUGCCGGGUCAGCUCGUCAACGUUCUGAACGUCCCUUUUGCUCUGAGCAGCAGCAGCAGAAGCCGCAACGACAGUGUCAGUUCUACCAGUUCCGAUUUUCGCACCAUGGACCCCUCCGAAAAGUUCAUGAACCCUCGUCCGGUGCCAGCCAAACCAUCGUUGCCGCGCUUGAACACCUCGCCUACUUUCCCCCAGCAGCCCUGGUCAUCGAUCAGCUCGCCGGCCAGCGCUGGCUCUGGCAGAGCAAGAUCGGCAUCCUCCCGGGGAUCGUCUGUUCCGGGCAGUACUAAUGCGUUGAGAGUCAUGCGAGUUACCAAGAAGCCGUCUUUCCAUCGUUCGAGUAGGUCUACUUCCCGGGGAAGUAGCAGGUCGAACGGUAUCAUCGGCGCCUUUCGAGCUCUGGCGUCCCCGCGUACUACUAGUCCUGGAGCUGCUUUGGAUCGUGGCCGCACAACAACAACCAAACAUGGUCCUGCAGUCGACAUCACUCAUGGCACAUCUCAGCGCAGGACCACAACCAAGAGUCCCGCCAUGUCCCAAACACCGCCCGAGAUCCAUGGGAUGAGCGUUUCUCCGUCCGCCACUCCCAGGCCGCUUGCUCUGAGAAGGGAGUUCGAUAAUGAACUCGACGGGGCCGUCGUUGCUCUGUCCUCAUUUGGUCAACAUCGCCGGCAACGGUCAACAUCGCGCGAGCCAUCGUCUCUGCGGAACUCACUGUCUUUGGAGGAAUCGCCGGUACAUCCCCCACGCAGUGAAAUUGCGACAUUGUCUCAGCAUCUCGAGACGUUGAAAGAAGUGGCGUCUGCCGCGAAUACCCCUGUUUGGCCUCUGACGGCGUUGAAGAUUGGGGUCGCACGACCAAUUGAUGACGUGCCGAUGCCACUGGACCUGGAGAAAAGGCUGCCGACCCUACCUAACACGCCCUCAUCGGCCUAUCCACCCAGUGCCGCAGAUGGUUCUCCUUCAAACCGACUUGACGUCGAUCUUGAAGCCGUCGAGAGCCGCUUCUCCAGUACGACGAUUGAGACUUCAUCCUGUGCGGACAGUUACAGCAACAAUGAACAGAGCCGAUUCUCCGACUGGACCUGCAGCACCACCAAGCUCUCGCCUGCGUCGGAUUACGCAGCAAGCAACGCUACGGAUUUUGACCCGACAAGCCCCCUGGUAGAAGCGAAUCUGGACUCCACCCUGGUCAAUGCCAUCAAUGCCUUGAAGGGCGCUGGGGGUCAAGACGAGCUUGGUCAUAAAAGCGAUGCCGCAGGAAUGGAAGACGGAUUACCCUCAGCGCUGAGUCUAUCUUCCAUUAGCUCAAUGGCUUCUUCUACCGACCCAAGUUCUCACGUCGACUUGGACAGUGCCAAAGACGCCGAGUUGUGUUGGAGUAAAUUCCAGCAUUACAGCCUUCCGACCGAGGAUGUCGGGUCGGGCGUGACGUUGAAAGCCGCAUCUACUGAAGACCAUGUGGCACCUUUGGCUGCGGAUGAGCAACCUCGCCCAGAAGGGGUUCAACCUCGAGUGGCAGACUCGGAUGGCUCUGCCUUGCCUCAUUCUUCCGGCAUGCAACAACUUCUGGAUGAGUUGAGUUAUCUUAGUGGCAUGAUUCAACACACUUGA